AUGUCAGAUGCUGUAGUAAGGAAUAAUCCACGUGUAUCGAAUACAUCAACUUCAAGUAAAGGAAAAAAGAAGUUAUCUAAAUGGGUUAAGAGAAUCAUCCAACCUGCAAGGGAGACACCACCAUCGCUAUCAUCACCACAGCAGUUUUCACAACAACAACAAAAACAACAAACAUCCACAACACACGUAGCUCCAACUGUCAAAAAAGUUAAACAGACAAAAGUGCAAUGGGAUCAAGAACCACAAAAGCCUAAGAUGAUACGGACAAGUGCUGCACAACAGGAUGAUGAUACUAUAUCUACGAUAACAGAUACAUCACUAGCCUCUGAAGAUUCUGAGGAUUCUGAUAAUGCAAGUAUGGCUCCUUUAUUCUCAUUUUGUUCAUCCUCAGUUAAAUCGUCAACGUUUUCAGAUAUGCAUUCUAUGCAAUCUACACGACCUACAGUGAUGUCAGCUCGUACAGUAGAAACAAAUUCUAGUACAAUGGCAAUUCCUCCAGCAAGUAUUCUGGAUAGGGCAAGGGCAUCCUCUAGUUUGGCUCAUACUUCUGCUACACCUUCUAUAAUAUCAUCUAGACCGUCAAGUUCCAAACAUUUUUCGUUACAAAGACACAAUAGUUCACAUACAGUUAAUAGUAUUGUUACAAUAAAAUCAUAA